AAAGAUAAUUUCCGUCUCUGCCAUUAACCCAUUUCUCUCUAUAUCUGUCUAACCCUAUACCUUCGAGUACUGAAUAACAGACGCGAAUUCCUCAAAUUAGCAAAAACAGUUCCCAAAGUUUGUUUUCCCAAAGCGUUUUGGCGCAACAUACAUUCUACGGAUGCUGAGGGCUCUGACAGCUCACACUUCCGUACACUUCUCCUAGUUUGUUUUCACGCUUUCACCCAAAAUUUUAAAACCCUUAUUAGUUCCAAUAUCCGCAUUUGGUCCUUCCCUGAUCUGAAUUAGGGUUUUGAAUUCGCGUUUUCGGCAAUGUAGAGCUUUCAAAUGUUUUAAUUUGUAGAAUGAGACCACUAUAUAUAUGUAUACCUGAUUCGGAUUCGGAUUGAUUUGUGAUUGGAAGAGCAGGAGUUUUUUGUCAUGAUGUUGACGGUGUCGCAUCCGUCUGUAGUUCGUAGCUCGCUGGAGGAGAUGCUGGAGUCUCUCCGGCGAAAGGACGAGAAUGAGAAGCCAAAGGACUUGCCGCCUGCGUUGCCUGCUCGGCCAACUUCCAGGGCUCGCCAUCCCUCCUCCAGGCGGCGGCCUUUGCGGACCAACUUUGAGGUGGGCAAUGCUGGUCCAGAGUGCUCGUCCAAUUGCAUUAGCAAAAAGGAAAAUGUCAAAGAGUCAAAAGGUGGUAGUUUGAGGACCAAGAAGACGAAGGAAGUUCCUGCUGGUGAAUCGCCUUAUGUUAUAGAGUCGGAAGAGAAGAAAUAUGCACAGAGGUUGGAUGAAGCAGAUGGUGCCAAUCUCGCAGCUGAGGCUACUGUAUCACCACCACCACGGUUUCGGGAGUCUGAGUGGAAUCACAACGUUGGUUAUUUUAUUAAAAAGAAACUUCGUGUUUGGUGUCAGCUCCCAAAUGGGCAGUGGGAAUCAGGACUGAUACGAUCAUCUUCAGGGGAGAAAGCGUCUGUUUUGCUCUCAGACGGGAAUGUUGUGCAAGUUUCAACAGGAGUGAUCUUACCUGCGAACCCGGACAUCCUCGAGGGUGUGGAUGAUCUCAUACAGCUCAGUUAUUUGAAUGAGCCAUCAGUUCUUCACAACCUUCAUCACAGAUAUUCUCGUGAUAUAAUUUAUAGUAAAGCAGGGCCUGUUUUAAUAGCAAUCAAUCCCUUCAAAAAUGUCCAACUUUAUGGGAAUGACUUUGUCAAAGCUUACAGGAAGAAACUCUUCGACAGUCCUCACGUUUAUGCAAUUGCAGACAUGGCGUAUAAUGAAAUGAUGAGAGAUGAAGUGAAUCAAUCCAUCAUUAUAAGUGGGGAAAGUGGAUCUGGGAAAACCGAGACAGCAAAAAUUGCAGUGCAGUACUUGGCUGCUCUUGGUGGUGGCAGUGGUGGGACAGAGAGUGAAAUUCUUCAGACAAGCUGUAUACUGGAAGCAUUUGGGAAUGCAAAAACAUCCAGGAAUGAUAACUCUAGUCGAUUUGGAAAGUUCGUUGAAAUUCAUUUCAGUGCAACUGGAAAGAUAUGUGGUGCUAAAAUCCAGACAUCUCUGCUCGAAAAGUCAAGAGUGGUUCAGCUGGCCCAUGGGGAAAGGUCAUACCAUAUAUUUUACCAACUUUGUGCUGGGGCUCCAUCCUAUCUCAAAGAUAAAUUGAACUUAAAAAUGGCAAGUGAGUACAAAUAUCUCAAUCAGAGUGACUGCUUGGCAACCGAUGAUGUCAAUGAUGCUUCAAAAUUUCAUAUUCUUAUGAAAGCCUUAGAUACUGUCCGAAUCGGCAAAGAAGAUCAAGAACAUGCCUUUGAAAUGCUUGCUGCAGUAUUAUGGCUGGGUAAUAUAUCGUUUCAAGUAAUUGACAAUGAAAAUCACGUUGAGGUUGUGGAUGAUGAAGCUGUUACCAGUGCUGCUAACUUGAUGGGUUGCAGUGCCAAGGACCUCAUGUUAAGUUUAUCUUCCCGUAGAAUCCAAGCUGGGAGGGAUAGUGUUGCGAAAAGGUUAACUUUGCAGCAGGGAAUUGACGCAAGAGAUGCUUUGGCAAAAUUCAUCUAUGAGAGCUUGUUCAACUGGCUUGUUGAACAAAUCAAUAAAUCACUUGAAAUUGGAAGACAACGUACAUGGAGAUCUAUAUGUAUCUUAGAUAUCUAUGGGUUUGAGUCAUUUCAGAAGAAUAGCUUUGAACAAUUUUGUAUAAACUAUGCAAAUGAGAGGCUGCAGCAACAUUUCAAUCGGCAUCUAUUUAAACUUGAGCAGGAGGACUAUGAAUUGGAUGGAAUUGACUGGAAAAAAGUAGAUUUUGUAGACAACCAAGAGUGUUUGAAUCUCUUUGAGAAGAAACCUAUAGGGCUAAUAUCUUUAUUGGAUGAGGAAUCAAAUUUCCCCAAGGCAACUGAUUUGACGUUUGCCAAUAAGCUGAAGCAGCACCUAAGCUCUAACCCUUGCUUCAAAGGAGAACGAGGUGGAGCUUUCAGAAUUCAUCACUAUGCUGGAGAGGUUCUAUAUGACACAAAUGGCUUCUUGGAGAAGAACAGAGAUCCACUGCACUCUGAUAACAUCCAACUCCUCUCAUUAUGCAGUUGCCCACUCCCUCAAUUGUUUGUCUCCAAUAUGCUUAACCAAUCACAGAAGCAAAGUGUUGGCACAAAGUUCAAGGGUCAAUUGUUCAAAUUGAUGCAGCAGUUGGAGAACUCUACACCACACUUCAUCCGAUGUAUAAAACCAAAUAGUAAGCGGCUUCCUGGCAUGUAUGAAAAGGGUCUUGUCCUAGAGCAGCUUAGGUAUUGUGGAGUUUUGGAGGUUGUUAGGAUUUCGAGAUCCGGAUAUCCUACUCGAAUGACACAUCAAAAAUUUGCAAGAAGGUAUGGUUUCCUGCUUUCGGAGAACGAUGCAUGUCAAGAUCCAUUGAGUAUAUCAGUUACCAUUCUGCAGCAAUUGGAUGUUUUGCCUGAUAUGUACCAAGUUGGUUAUACAAAACUAUAUUUUCGAACAGGACAGAUUGGUGUAUUAGAGGAUAUAAGAAAACGAGUUUUGGAAGGCACACUUCAGGUGCAGAAAUGCUUUCGUGGUCAUCGGGCUCGUUGUUACUUCCAUGAACUCAAAAGAGGAGUACUAACACUGCAAUCAUUUAUCCGUGGUGAAAACGCUAGAAGGGACUAUGAUGCUUUGAUAAAGUUGAGACAACAGGUUGCACGUAAAACCCUUGAGCAGACGAGGGCAAUUAUACACCUACAAUCUGUGGCCCGUGGGUGGUUGGCUCGUAGGCAAUUUAGUUACCUUUUGAAAUUGAAGAAGUUAAAUCAGAAUAGCAUAAAAGAGAAGCCAGGAAGGAAGAUUUCAGAAGUGAAGGAUUUAUCGCAAGAGCAUGUUGGAAUUCAGCCUUCAGUUUUGGAAGAGCUUCUAAAACGGGUUACAAAAGCUGAAGUGACCAUAGGGCAAAAGGAAAAGGAAAAUGCAGCAUUGAGGGAGCAACUACAGCAAUUUGAGGCAAGAUGGUGCGUAUAUGAGGCUAAAAUGAAGUCGAUGGAGAAGACGUGGCAAGAACAGAUGACAUCUUUGCAAAUGAGCUUGGAUGCAGUCAAGAAGAGUCUUUCUCCCGACAAGACUGCAUGUCAACCUGGAAGGCUAGAUGGUUCCACAUUGCCCCGUUGCUGUAAUUGUGAGGAUACUAUGCCCUUAGGAGCUCAAACUCCUGGUGGAAGCACACCCAUUAAAUCCCCCAACACUGGUAAAAACAUUGGAGCAGGACAGGAGAUUAAUGGUGGUUUGAAUGAAGUCAGUCAUCUGGUAAAAGAGUUUGAGCAGCGGGAGCAGAAUUUUGAUGAUGAGGCCAAAGCCAUUGUUGAGGUCAGAUCAGGGCAGUCAUGUUCUAUGAAUCCUUGUGAAGAACUUCGAAAACUGAAAUUCAGGUUUGAGGUGUGGAAGAGAGAAUUCAAAAUUCAGUUACGGGAUACGAAAUCAAGACUUCACAAGCUUGGGUAUUCAGAAGGAGAAAAAUGUCACCGGAAAUGGUGGGGAAAGAGGAGCAAGAGCAGAAGAGUGACAUAAUAUUGUAUUUUGGAUUUUCCAGCUUCCAUAUCGGGGAUUGGACAAAGACAAGGAGUGGUUUUCUGAAAAGAAACACUGCCAAAGCUAUGCGUCUUGCCAUUUCUAGAAGCAGUCUUGUUUCUAAUGUCAGUUCUCACGCAUGCCACUGUAGCACGAGGUUUGUGGAGAAGGGAGAGUGAUAUCUACCAAUUUUUGUUACUUGGUGGAAGGAUUAACAAGCUUGUCCACAGCCAAAUGGGGAUUUAUUGAAAUGCCUUCGUCUUCUCCCCGAAGGGGUUGAGUUAGGUGUAGAUAUGUUAUUGUUUUUAUGUAAUAUGUAUAUGUAGUAAUCUGUAGUUGAUACCUAGAAAAUGGAAGAGAAAUGUUCAAAAUGCCUCUCCUUGUGUAUGAUAGGAUACGCUUUGUAAUAUAUAAUUUAUAGGCGUUCUGUAUAAUUUAUAUUCUUUGGCAAAAAUUAGCAAUUGUUGUGUACUUUA